UAAUCCCAUCCUAAUUUGACCUUCAUUUAGGGCUCUGUACUUGAUGUGGGCUAUUAUUUUACAUAUUAAUUAGUGCAUAUGCAUAGCUAAUGACAUUCUCUCUCUUUAGAAUUCAUUAAUGAUAAGUUUUUAUCAGGUCUAGAUUAGCUUUGAAAAAGGAACCGGGAAUAAGGAAUAGGGAACUGGGAAUAAGGAACCAACUUCAGCCGCGUGUCUUCUCUCACAAGUGCAUUUGGCUGUAAGACAGGGAAUGCAUUUCACAGCUCCCUUCCAGGCCAGGUCAGGGGCUGCACCAGCUGCCGGUGGUCCAGGGCCUCUACUUCUGGAGACCUGAGCUGCUAGUGCCACAGCUUGGUUCUGGAGAGGAUCUGCUGAGCUGCCCCUUCCCAGAGCCCGAGCAGAGCCUGCUGGAUGCUUGCCCCCCCUGGCCGUGUGGGCAAGCAGCGCUGCCCUGGGGCCCAACUGGAUGGGGAGCUGUUGCCUUCUCUGGGAUGCUGUUGCCGUCACCAUCUGCCUCCUCCUGUGUGUUCAGACAUCUGCUUCAGAUUCUGGCUCAGACCCCCUCCUCCACAUCAUGAUUGAUGACGGUGGGGGCAUCCGGGUCACGUGUCUCUCUGCUGGGUGGUACCCAGAGCCCCAGCUGCUCUGGACAAACAGCCGUGGGGAGACCCUGAGCCCUGACUCACAAGAGAAAGACAGCAGCGAUCGUGGCCUCUUCAACCUCUCCAGCUCUGUGGUGUUGACGAAGAGCUCUGACCCCGUGCUGAGCUGCACUGUCAGGCCCAGUGCUCCUGGCCCAGAGAAAAAGACAAGCAUCAGUAUCACAGGCCUCUUCCCGCAGUCACCUCCUGAGAAGGCAGUCCUGUGGGUCCUGCUGACAGUGGCUCUCCUCUUCUCUCUCCUCGGGGCUUACCUCUUCCGACGAUUUCGUAAAGAACAUGAGGAGGCAUCUAAGGAGCUGGAGCGGAGGCAGUUCCUUAAAGCAGAGUCCCUGUCAGCAGCAGAGGUGACCCUGGCUGAGGACACAGCAUACCCCUAUCUCAUCCUGUCCAAGGAUCGGAGAAGUGUGACUCAUGGGGCCAUCUGGCAAAUUGUCCCCCAAACCACCAAGAGAUUCAGCUGCUUGCCCAGUGUCCUGGCCUCCAAGAGCUUCACAUCUGGGAAGUGGUACUGGGAUGUGGAGGUGGGGAGCUGGGGCAGCUGGGCCACUGGGGUGGCCAAGGAGUCUGUAGAAAGGAUGGGUGAGUUCCUGCUGUUCCCUGACAUGGGAGUCUGGGCUCUGCAGUGCAUGGAAGGGCAGUGGGAGGCUCUCACCAUUGCCCGAACCCGCCUGUGCCUGGAGGAAAAACCAAGGAAGAUCAGAGUUCAGGUGGACUGUGAACAUCACAGCGUGUCCUUUUAUGAGGCUGAGGACUUGGCCCACAUCUUCACCUUCUCAGGUUGCUCCUGGGAGAAAGGGGGGCCAGUCUUCCCUUUCUUUGCACUCUGGACCAUAGGGACGGAGCUCAGAAUACUCCCCUCACAACGCCUGGAAACAGAAGAGAGCCCUUGUGUCAUCUUUGACCCAGACGUAGAUGAUGAUGAGUAUGUCCCACUGUCUUUAGGCUUAUUGUAGGGCAGAGUAAGGACAAUGGGCAGAGGUAAGGGUGUUAUGCCUGGUAAUUACUUGCUUACAGUGUCAUACUAAAGGUUACUGGGCAAAGGAGAAAAGCCAUAGGCACUAGGCUGUGAAUACCCUCACAUAUACAUUCAUGGGCAGGAUGGCAGCUAGCACAGCAUGGGGACCGUGUUUGAUCUGGUCCCUUUUAUGGCUGUUAAAACCUGUCCUGUGAGUUUAUAUUCAGCAUUAAGCAGACAGGGUUCUUUGGGCAAAUCUGAUAUGUCCUUAGACCAACAUGGCUACAACCUAUACCUCUAUUCAGCAUUAAAGCAUCUGCAUUAUAUUGUUAAUGAGAGAAUUGAACUCAUUAAAACAUUCCUAACUAUA